AAUUUCAAUGAGCCGCCUCCACAGUGGGCCUGCGAGAAUCGAGGCCCUCGCCAGCGUACCCAAGUAUCAAAACCAGUUCACGGCCCGGUACCGGCGAAUGUUGGUGGUCUAUGGGAUCGGCACCUGGUCUCUGGUGGGCUCAGUGCUUUGCUUUGGCUGGAAAAUGGCAAAGCCAUCAGGUAUUGAAGUACAGCAAAAGGAUGGCUCAACAAGUGGAGUACUCAGUGAACUAUCUGAACCCCCAAAAGGGUUUUAUGUGGAAACAAUUGUUACAUAUAAAGAAGAUUUUGUUCCAAUUACUGAAAAGAUCCUCAACAACUGGAAAUCAUGGACUGGAGGCCUUGGUGCAGAACCAUGA